UGGAUAUGGCAUAAGUGUAUGGAUACAUAGUAUGGAUCGGUAAUGGAUAGAGAUGGCUUUUAACCUAACCUGUGUAAUACAGGGGGUAAGGUUAGGAUGUGUGUGAACUCUGAGGGUGCCUCACUAUGAUUACCCAGAAGUUUUUUUAAAAAAAUCUCAGCUGCAUGCUGCAUAGUUAGUACAUUACAUAACGUAACCUCAGGGAAGACAGCACUGGGCAGAUUCCUGUUAUAAUGGUUCAUGUGUGAGGAUACUUUUUAAAAAAACAAACAAAUAAGCUAAUUGAUAUGAGGACUAUAUAAUGCACUGGACUCGUAUCUAGUGAUGAGUUAACUUAAAUAUAAAAUUGUCUUACAACCACAGCAUAUAUCACACCAUUAAUUUUCUAUUGUUCCCUUUCUUCUUCCUCUUCCUUUUUUCUUCUUCCCACCACAAUACUACUCAGAACGGAUGCCAACAUGGAAUCUGUCAACAGGACUGUGGUAAAGGUGUUUACCAUCUUGGGGUUCCCAGGUUCUCCACAACUCCGUAUGCUGUGCUUCACUCUAGUCUUGUUUACUUACAUCCUCACCAUCACAGCCAAUGUAGUCAUCAUCUCAGUCAUCAAGGCAAAUCGUAAAUUGCAGCGGCCCAUGUACUACUUCCUUGGCAAUUUCUCAUUCAUGGAGAUCUGGUAUACUACCUCCACUGUGCCCAAGAUGCUGGAAAGCUUCCUGGUUGGUGGAAGUUCAAUCACUGUGACAGGUUGUAUUGCUCAACUUUACCUUUUUUUUGCCUUGGGCUCCACUGAGUGUUUCCUUCUAGCUACUAUGGCUUAUGAUCGCUACUUGGCCAUAUGCCGGCCUCUUCAUUAUCCAGCCCUCAUGACCCUACAAUUGACCACUUGGCUAGUGAUUGCAGCCUGGGUGGGUGGCUUCCUGGCUCCUUUGGUGCCUAUUGUGCUAAUAUCUCAGUUAUCAUUUUGUGGACCUAAGGAAAUCCAUCACUUCUUUUGUGAUGCUGGACCACUCCUGAGACGGUCAUGUGGCAAUACCAUUCUCAGCUCUACACUGGUCUCAGUUCUGGCCUCCCUUGUCAUCCUCAGCACGUGCCUUCUCACUAUGGUAUCCUACACCUUCAUCAUUUCAACCAUCCUCCAAAUACCUUCAGUCACUGGAAGGCAGAAAGCUUUUUCCACCUGUGGCUCACACCUUGCUGUGGUGGUGAUUUACUAUUCCACAGUCAUCUUCAUAUAUGUAAGGCCCAUCUCCCCUUUUGCCUCAGAUCUGGACACAGUAGCCUCAGUCUUUUAUGCAGUAGUUACUCCACUUCUUAAUCCAAUGAUCUAUAGCUUGAGGAACAAGGAUGUAAAAGAAGCCUUGAAGAAGAUGAUGAUUAACAGCUGGAUAUUUGUAAAAAGUAUUGGAGCUCUGAUCAUGGUUUGUUGA